UCUCACUCUCUAUUGAUACAUUCUAAUAUUAUACAAUAAAUAUUUAUGAUUAUAUAUUCGGAACGAUUGAGUCUUUACCGGGUAGUUUGAGUCUAUUUCGUAGCUUACCUCUAUAUCCAUCAUGACUAGAGUUGAGAUUUUUACGUCGUCUGUGUCUGGAAAUCGAAAGGUGGAUGGCGAAACCAAGUCGAUCAAAAUGUUCUUCGAUGCGCACAAAAUUGAGUACAAAGAGAUUGAUAUCUCAUUAGACGAGAACGAGGAUAAGAAGAAAUACCUACUGGCGAAAAGCGGGAGUCGCACUAUUCCUAAAGUAUUUGUUGACGACGAGUUCAAAGGGGAUUACGAGACGCUCAUGUAUGCGAACGAAGACGGGCUUCUCAAACAAUCGUUGGGGCUAGAAUAGCUUAAUACUAUAGUGACAUGGGCAACUACACACGCCGCGAUGCGUGCUUGCACGUCUAACGAUAGGUGCUACCGUAUGAUUUGCAAUGUUUGCGAUCUAUUACGGAAAUGGGAGAUAUAGACAAAAUAAAUAAAAAUAAAACUAAUUGUCGC